GGAGAGCGAGGCUGGCGCAUGGCGGUUGUUAUGCUGUUCCAGUUUCUGCACGCGGAGAUGGUAGCGGAGCUGGGGGCUCGCGACACCGACCCCGGCCCUGGGGCUGCCCCGGGACACGCCGGCCUUCAGGGAGGAGCUGGAUGUCCUAAAGUUCUGUGCAAAGACCUGUGGGUGGCCGUGUUCCAAAAGCAGAUGGACGGCCUGUGCACCAACCACCAGGGGACCUACGUCCUGCAGGACAACAGCGUCCCUCUCCUCAUCCCUACAGCCUUGGGCCUGCAGUACCUGGAGGACGCACCCAAGUUCCUGGCCUUCACCUGCGGCCUCCUGCGAGGCACCCUCCGUACGCUAGGCUUCCAGAGCUUGGUCACCUCCUCCGUGGCAACCCUGCCCGCCUGUAAGUUCCAGGUGGUGGUCCGGAAAUCCGGGCCCCAGCGCCCUGCGAGCUGA